GCUUGAUUACACAAGGUCCCCAAAAUACACUGAGUUUCUCGUGCCUGCCAGGAGAGACCUCAUUACUGGCCUGUUAUAGAUGAAGCAACUUUCAAAACCUUCCUGAAACAUGAAGCAGGAAGAAUAAUAUGUAAAAGUAAUAUGAUCAUCAUACCUCUUUAUUCAUCCAAGUGGCUUCAUUCUACUAUUCCCUCUUCUGUGCUUAACUCUUGCAUCAAAUAUUGGAUAAAUCGAAGUGUGUAGGAAGAAAUAAGUGAUUUUCAUAGCCAUUACUCUUUGAAAUGGAAGGGCUAAGGUUCAAGCAUGUCUUCUUUAGGAGCUUUGUUGGGUCCAGUGGAGCGUCCCAGGUUGUGUUCACCUUCCUUCUGCUUCCAUGUUGCUUGACUCUGGAUUUCAGAGCCCCGCCUUAUCUCCCAAAUAUUUCUUUUCUCUGGGCUUGGAAUGCCCCAACUGAACCUUGUUCUAAGAAGUUUAACAUGACUCUAGAUCUGAGCCUCUUCUCUUUGAUAGGAAAUCCCCAAAAAGAUGCUACAGGACAACCCAUUACCUUAUUUUACGUUGAUAGACUUGGCUUAUAUCCUCAUAUAAAUAGAUAUGGCCACGAUGAGAAUGGAGGACUCCCCCAGUUGGGUUCCUUACAAGGGCAUUUGGACAAAGCUAAGGAUGACAUUGCCAUUUACAUGCCGGUAGACAACAAGGGCUUGGCUGUCAUCGACUGGGAAGAAUGGAGGCCUGUCUGGGCAAGAAACUGGAAACCUAAAGAUAUUUAUAGGAAUCGGUCUAUUCAGUUGGUUCAGCAACAAAAUUCACAACUUUCUAUCACAGAGGCCACCAAUAUAGCCAAAGAAAACUUUGAAACGGCAGGAAAACAGUUCAUGCUAGACACUUUAAAAUUGGGAAAACAACUUCGGCCAAAACACUUAUGGGGUUAUUAUCUUUUUCCUGAUUGUUACAAUCACCAUUAUAAGAAAGACAAUUACGAUGGGCAUUGCUUUGAUGUAGAAAAGAAAAGAAAUGAUGAGCUUAACUGGUUGUGGAAUGAAAGCACUGCACUUUUCCCAUCCAUUUAUUUGAAUACCUACCUAUCGUGUAAUGAACGAGCUGCACUCUUCGUCCGGAAUCGUGUUCAAGAAGCCAUUCGGGUUUCUAAAGCACCCAAUCCUAACAAUCCACUUCCGAUUUUUAUAUAUACUCGUCCAGUUUUUACUGAUGAAUCUUCGAAAUUCCUUACUCAGGAAGACCUUGUGAAUACACUUGGUGAAACUGUUGCUCUAGGUGCAUCUGGAAUUAUAAUGUGGGGAAGCCUCAAUUUAAGUCAAAGUUUGGACUCCUGCACUUAUCUCCAGAAUUACAUGACGACUACAUUGAAUCCUUACAUAAUAAACCUCACCCUAGCAGCCAAAAUAUGUAGCCAAGUGUUUUGCCAGGAGCGAGGACAUUGUGUAAGGAAAAACUGGGAUUCAUUUGACUAUCUUCACCUGAACCCAAUGAAUUUUGCUAUUAAAAUUACAGAUGAUGGAAAAUUCAUAGUACAAGGGAAACCCACAGUGGAAGACCUGAAGCAAUUUUCCGAAAAAUUUAAUUGCAGCUGUUAUCCCAAUGUCAGCUGUGAGAAGAAAGUUGUUUUAACAGACACUCAAGCUAUUCAUGUAUGCGCUACUAAAGAUGUUUGUGUGGAGACCAUUCUAAACUCAAAAAAUGAAAUAUUCCAUUCAAGUACAAGUUUACUGCUCUGCUUUUUAUUAUUUUUAAUUUUUUUUGAAAAUGAAUGCUGUGGCACACAAACAAGAAUUUGA